ACUCCAUUGCUACCCAAGAUGUCUGUAUUUCUCAAACUAUCUAGUCUCCUAUAUAUUCAUGAUUGCUAUUUAAUUCCACGUCUACACACAUUUUACGACACACAAUCAUGGAUUCAAGAUCUAGACUACAUAUAGAUCGAAAGGAGCUUUACACAGAUCUAGAAACACGAAUCCAUUAUCUACACUCUUUUCUUGACUUCAGUUCACGAGACAUAGAGGCCCUCAUUUAUGGCUCAAAAUACAUCAAACAACUCAUACCAGCCGUCGUGAAUAUCGUAUACAGAAAACUUCUUCAAUAUGAUAUUACAUCACGUGCUUUUACCUCUCGCAGCACAAGCUAUGAGGGUCCGCUAGACGAACUGCCGGAUGAGAACAGUCCUCAAAUCUUACACAGGAAGAUGUUUCUGAGAGGCUAUCUCCAGAAACUCUGUUCGGAUCCAAGCCAAAUGGAAUUCUGGGAGUACCUCGACAAAGUCGGGAUGAUGCACGUAGGACGUGGUCGAAGACAUCCUCUUCAUGUGGAAUAUGUACACAUAGGAGUUUGCUUGGGUUUUGUGCAGGAUAUUAUUUUCGAGGCGGUCCUCUCGCACCCGAAAUUGAGGAUGGAGAAAAAGAUAGCGAUGGUGAAAGCGAUUGGGAAAGUGUUGUGGAUUCAAAACGAUCUUUUUGCAAAAUGGUAUGUGAGAGAUGGUGAUGAGUUUGCUGGGGAGAUGGAGGAGGUGAUGGUGGAGAGGGAAGGCUGGUUGAAGGGGAAGAAAGUCAUUGAUGGAGAGGAUAAGUCGGAAGCCGAAGGCGAAGGGAGUGGCGAAAAGACGCCCACCGAGGAUGAGAAAAUGAAGCAAGCCCCAGCUUCUUGUCCAUUCUCUGGGUCCCAGGUCAAGAAAGAAUGAUAAUCUCCUCAAUCUUUAAAUACCAGUGGUAUAGUUUGAGACUCUCCUCUUGAAAUAUUGUGCCAGCACAUCUCGAAGCCUAUUGGAAGGAAGAAACUAGAGAGGUCUCUCCUUGAAAUACCAGACUAUUCCAUCCAAGUACCCCAGUACACCAGAACACCAAGGGAGGUAGCACAGAUAAACCAUGAAAAGUCCACCCAACUUCCCUCAAACUAGGAAUAUUUUUCUCUGUCCAUAUGCACAAUUUCAUGAUUUGACCGUUUAGUUAUCAAGUCAUUUUGCACCGUCUCAUGAAAACCAAGAUUUGAUCAACGAUCAUAUCGAUGCUUCAAGCAGUACAAUUCAUCUAAUGCUACGUUUCCGCUGCAUCUCUCGUCUUCCAGAAUUUAUUAACCCUUGUAUCAUCAAGUUAUCCCUCUCGAUUCAUUCCGCGAACUCCAAGAUUUAAUCCGUCUAGCUGAUUUCUAUUGAGCCCUUCCUAUCUUCUUCACUCGGUAAAAAGAUCCUUGUUGACAUCGUCGUUUACGCUCAUAGAUAAUCUCAAUCAAGAGGUCCAGAGUGCGAUGGGAAAAGAAUCUGAAAACACAUCGAAACAUGUGUCACAGCUUACGAAUUAAGGGAGACAGAACUGUCAAAGAUCCAAUCGGAUUUAUAGUCAUAUAACGAAAACCAUAUCCAUGAGUCUGAUACCGCGCCAGAGAUAGCAAAACUAUGGGAGAAAGAAACAUAGAGAGAGAAAGUGUAAGGCAACACAGUCAAAAGGUAGGGACCAGAUAUAUCACAGACAGGAGAAUACUCACCGAUGAUCUGGAGUAUGGUCGACGUGCUAGCUAAUGCUGCUUAAUGAGUUACAUUAAAACAAGGCAGUAAGACCACAUUAUUGUAAUCUUACUAGUGGUGAGGAAGGGGGUUGCGCUAGAAAUGAAAGGAGAAUAUCGAUCAGUAUUGCAGUGGGGUUUAGGUUAGCGAGGGGGUACGUCCAAUCCGGGUCGAGGGAUCUUUUUGUACGCGCAGAUACCGUGGUAUACCUACGUAGAUACUUUUCUUUUACUACCUAACCUAUCUAACCUACCUUCAUAUACACAGAUUCUCAAUCAUCCC